ACAUUUUCAUAAUUGUUUACAGCGUAUACCUCAGGUCGGUUAUUGUAAUUGUGUGCCAUGAAGUUUAAAAUUCGACAGUUUUUCUUUUAUUUGUAUCGUUAGCAGACAUUGUAAACACGUGCUACAUUGAGCUGAUUGACGAGAAAUCCGUGGAAUAUCCGGCGAUAUAAACUCUUCUGCAUCGCCUAACUAUGAAAGAUGGUGGGAACCGUGUCUGACAAAGAGUGCAUGAUAUAUAGAAAACUAAAACCAAGAUGGACGACGAAAAUGGAACUGUUGGAUUUGGAUAUUUCUGAGAAAGAAAUCGAGGUUAGAAUGAGGCAUAUAUGGUCCACCAUCAUAGUCGGAGUGUCAGAAAACGAGCUUUUCCAGAGUCUUUCAAGAGUGUCUGAAACGCGUUUCAAGCUGCAAAAAUUGCUAUGUGUGAUCUUCGUAAAUAAAAGAGAAUCGAAGAAAUCAUGGCGUCUGUUAGAGCAGAUCAACCCAAACCAGAAGAAAAUUUAUUUCAACUUAAAUGAUUGGAAAAGCUUGAAAAUUAUAGCAAGAAAAAGAGACAAAUUUAAAGUUGAAUUUUCAAAUGUACACUGCCCACUACCGGUUGGUGCAAAAUUAGGAAAUUGCUCAGAGAAGCAAGACUGGUUGUCGUUCUGUACCUUUCAAUGUGAUGAACCCGAUUACAUCCCCAUCAAAGCAAAUAGAAAACCAUACUUUGCGUAUUGCAGAAAGAAUCGAACUUGGUCGGCGGAAACCGGUAAAUAUUGUAUCUCAAUGGAUAAAGUCGUGAAGAAUUGUCUGAGCGUUGAAGCAACCAAGACCGAUUGCCCGUAUGACGAUGACUUCCUACUUGACCUUUUCCCGGAACCGGAUAUCGAUAAGGAAGAAGAGCCUUGGUUGAUUGAGAUGCUCGCAGAAAUUUCAAGGACAGAGAACGAAGACAUAGACUUGACGAUAGGAGGUACAAAAACGUUUGUUGUCGAGAGAGGAAUAUUUAGAACAUCAGUUAUCAGAGACUGCUUAGAAUAUUGCUUGAGAAGCAGACGAACACGGAGAUUUAUACUGAAAUGUGGCAACUGGCAAUUGAGCUCUUCCCGAAAACGAGAUUGUUUGAUGUGUCGACACGUUUACAAAGUUUGUCGAAAAAGAUUUAUUUUUGUUUAGAAAUCAGAAAUGUGAAUAUUUAUUGAUUAAAAUAAAAUGUAAAAUUAUUGUAUU